AUGGACAAGUACUUUGCAAUGGAGAAGAAUAUUUUGCCAUUUGCAACUAUGGCACAGCAGUCUGGGAAAAAGUACCCGAGGGCUCCUGUCCCAACACCAAAGUCGUCACCUUCAUGCUACCUUGGAGGCGGUCCAACAGCAACAAUCGAGAACGGCAUAGUCCACGGCCUCACAACUUCCUUACCCGCAGCAACCGCUCCCGUGAACAAAUUCCUCGGAAUUCCCUUCGCAAAGAGCCCCCCAACAAGGUUCGGACCACCAGAGCCAGCACCACAGUCCCAAGCAAUCCUCAACGCGACUGCCUGGAGUCCUGCCUGUCUCCAACAAUUCGUCUAUCCAAUCUACGUCCAAAAAUUCACCGAAUAUGUCUUCAACAACCCAAACCCCGAAGAAAGCGAAGACUGUCUAUAUCUCAACGUCUACGCUCCAAGUUCUCCAGCACCGUGCGAUGGCAGACCUGUCAUGGUUUGGAUUUACGGAGGAGCACUACAAUUCGGAAACGCAGGACAACCUUAUUACGACGGCAGUUCGUUCGCCGCAUACGAAGAUAUAAUCGUCGUAACAAUAAACUACAGAACCAACAUCUUCGGCUUCGCCACAACCCCCGAACUCCCCCUCACACAACGAAACCUGGGGUUUUUAGACCAACGCUUCGCCCUCGAAUGGGUACAACGCAACAUCCAAAACUUCGGAGGUUCGCCAGAGAAAGUGACGGUUUUGGGGGAAUCGGCGGGCGCCUGGUCUGUCGACACUCUCCUCACUUCAUACUCUCGCGACGACGAAAAACCUCCUCCGUUCCGCGCCGCGAUUCUGGAGUCAGGGCAGAUUUCGUAUAAUCCGCAGCCGAGACCGAGUACGUUUGAGAGUUGGUAUAGAGUUGCUGAGGUUUUGAAGUGUGAGGGAAGGUAUGAGAGUAAUUUGACGUGUUUGAGAGAGGCGGAUGCUAGGAUGAUCACGGAUGUUAUUGAGAAGGAAAGUCUGACUUUUAAUCCGGUUUGGGAUGAUUUUACUUUUUUUGUGAAUGCUGCGGAGAGGAGGGCGAAGGGGCAGAUUCCGAGGAUUCCGGUGCUUGGAGGGUCGAAUUCGCAAGAGGGACGAAUUUUCGAGAUCGGGGUGAAUAGUUCGGCGGCUUUCGUCGCAGAGAUUACCGCCAACUAUACACCUCUCGUCGAAACGAUCACAGCCGCAUAUCCUCUGAACGCGACCGACUCCGGGCCAACGGGAUAUGAGCAAGUUUCUCAAAUCUUCACCGAGUAUGUUUUCCAGUGCACGCAAGCGCUUUGGGCAAAUGCCUCUGCUGCGGCAGGAAUUCCUACUUGGCGCUACUACUUCAAUGCCUCCUUCUCCAACACCCAACCUGCACCAAAUCUCGGAGCGUUUCAUAGCAGCGAGAUUCCCAUCGUGUUCGGAACGUUCAAUCAGACCAAUAGCACGACGCAGGAAUAUGCUCUUUCGAGAACGAUGAUGGGAAUCUGGGCUCGAUUCGCCCGCAAUCCUGAAGCAGGUCCCGGUUGGAAUGCCAAUGGGACGCGCUCGGAAGGCAACUUCGAUCUUGCUGUUCUGGGCAAUCGAGGAAAUGUCCUCGGAUCUGGAGUGACUGUGAUCGACUCGCAAGAGGUCGAUUAUCGUUGCGGCCUGUUCCAUCUGACUUAUCAAGCGAUCGUGAACAUGGACCAGCAGAGCGCAGCUGAGGAAGCCGAGGCCGCUCAAUCGGGCUAA